AUGGCCAAAGGCGCACGCGCAAGCAGCAAAAAGGCGAACCGCACCAAGCUGCGCGCCCGAGUUUUCGGCCCUGUCGAGCAGGCACGCGCCGAGCGCCUGCACGCCAAACUUCUCGAGACGAUUGCCCAGCCCAAGCCCGAGAGGACUGAGAUGGAAACCGAAGAAACCAACACCACCGACGAUGCCGCCAAGGAGGACUUGCCCAAAGAUAUGGACGUCGACGCCACCUCCACCUCCACCUCUGCGAAGAGCUCGAGCUCGCGCAAGACCAAGGACAAGAGCCAGACCCGGAAACAACUGCGACGCAAGCCCCAGAACAAAGUCUCCUUCCCUACUUCACGAGGCAAGGGCGCACUGAAGCCCAAUGGUGGACGUCCCAGCGGCCCCGGCCGUAUCGGCAAACGACGAGCAUGA